AGUGGCGGCAGAGUUAUCGUCGAAAAACAAACAAAAAACGGUCAAUCUUCGUUUUUCGACAUUUCUGAGGCUUCUGACAGACUUACGUUUUGUUCGCUGAAGGCAGAUCUGAAAUUAUUUUUCGGCGCUCGAAAAAAUUGUUUUCUCGUUCAUUUUGUAUAAUUUUUCCUUCAGUUGUAAAGGUUCAAACGCGACACUGACACCGAUAAUAGACGUUGGCGCCACCAUGCGUCGAACGUCUGAAAGUUCAUCCCAUCGUGUAGGAGACAAACUUGCCAAUUAUGGGAUGUCGAACGUUGUAAGAUCGUGAGGGACCCGCAUUACGACCAUUACAACGUACGUCGAAUUUUUUCCAUGGUACUCCAUAGAACAAAUAAUUCGAUCAUUGCUCCCAUUGGUGACACUGAUUUGUGUGCACACACGAUACGUGUACACAUAUGUACAAUGUCAAAUGUCACUUUGAAUUGUAUAAAUAUUUAUUUUGUGUUUUUAUUUAAUUCAUAUGAAUAUUAUUUUGUUUUAUUCCAGUUAUUUUGAUUAAUGUUGAAAAAUAGAUAAAAUGGAGAAAAGUCCAUGUAAUUCUGAUAGUGAUAACGAAAGUACCACACCGGAUAUUGCUGCUGCUGCUAAAAAUAUUGCUUUACAUUUACUUCCUGUAAAAUCAAGACUGAAAUAUGAAAAACAGUAUGAAAUGUUUGAGACUUGGAGCAAAGCAAGAGAUAUUAAAAGUUAUACUGAAUCUGUUUUAUUGACCUAUUUUACCGAGAAAGCAAGUGUAAUGAAAUCUUCCACACUUUGGUCUAUAUAUUCAAUGUUGAAAGCAGUUCUACUUGCAAAACGUGGCAUUGAUAUAAGCCAAUACAAAACAUUACUAGCUUAUUUAAAAAAGCAGGCACAAAAUUACCGUGCCAAAAAGUCGAAAACGUUUCGUGAAGAACAUAUCCAGAAGUUUAUUUGUGAAGCUCCAGAUGAUUUGUACCUGCUUAAAAAGGUUGUUUUAAUUAUUGGAAUUGCUGGUGCAUGCAGGAGAGAUGAGCUGGUAAAAAUAAAAUUGAGUGACAUUGAAGAUAAGGGGUCACUCUUAAUAAUAACUGUUCCUGAAACAGAAACGAAUAAAAGUCGCUGUUUUACAGUUAGGAGUGGUAGCUUUAUUGAUAUUUUGCAAUUCUAUAGAAAGUACAUUGCACUAAGACCUCUAGAUUCUGAUACACCAGAGAGACUGUUCCUAAAUUAUCAUAAUCGCAAAUGCAGUAAACAAGUUGUUGGUAUGAAUACCAUAGCAAAAGUACCUAAAGAUAUUGCUGAAUUUCUUGAAUUAGCAGACUCUGAUUUGUACACAGGUCAUUGCUUCCGUCGCACUUCUGCUAAUCUAAUGGCAGAUGGUGGCAGGGGCAUCAUAAGGCUAGACCUUCUAGGGCAAUGGCAUCCCACAAGAGUUCCAAAGCGAUAUUUAGAAAAUUCUAUAAAUAAUAUAGACAUUCAUAAUAUGACUGGAUCCUCUACAUUUUCUGUGGAAGUUGAUACAUAUCAGGUAAUUCAAGAAUCUUUGGAAGAACCUAUACAACAAUCCAAUUAUGAAAUUUCGCAGGAAUCUUUGCAAGAACCGUCACAAGAACCUCCUCCAGUAUAUGAUACCACCACAUUGUCAGACAAAAGCAGAAAAAGGUCAAUCAGGGAUACUCAGAUUCAACUUAUGGAGGCAUGUACAAGCGCAUUGAAUUCUCAGAAAGAAUUAACUGAAUUCGACUUGAUUGGCAUGAAUGUUGCCAAGAAGCUACAUAGAAUGGAUGCCACACAAGCAAUAUAUGCAGAAUCGUUAAUAAAUGCAGUCUUAUUGAAGGGUUUAAAAAAUGAACUAUGCGAGAACAUGACUAUCUCUACUGAUGUGUAUAGGGAAGAUGGUCAUACCACUAAUAAUCAUAAUAGAACUCCUACAUCCUCUCCAGAACCAUCAACAAAUAACUCUGAAGAAUCCCAUCCAAACUGUCAAAAUGGAGAACUUGUCAAUUGAAGGGAAUUUCAUAAUAAAAUUCAGACCUGAAAGGACUGUUAUGAUGUGAAAGCAGAAUCAAAUACAUACAUCUGAUUGUUGGAGCUGGUUUAUUCAAUAAUCAAUUAUGUGGUAUCAAAAGAUAAGCAUAUGUAGUAUAGAGUUGAUAUAACAGGAUCAGAGAAAAGGCUCAAAAGCAGCCUAGAUACCAGGCUUCGCCUCCUCACCAUUACUACUACUAUUACUACAUAUGUCAUGCCUCAUCCAGACCAUCUGUGUGGGACCUUUGUUCCUAACUUAUUCAGUCAGUUUGUUUAAACUGACACGUCUGGAGAACCAUAAUCUGGGCAUUCUCAAUGGGAAAAAGAGUCAAGAAUGAAGUGAAUGAUCAGAGCAAGCAAAAAUGAAAAUGCUUAUUUUUUUGUGUAACUCAUAGCGAUAAUAGUCAUUCGAGUCGAUUGACUAUUCGUAUAGCUUUUUUAUAUCUUAUAAUGGAUCAAUAAAAUUAUUUGUUACUGUUUCUGUGACUGAAGAAUCUG